UUUCAAUUUAGAUCUGUAUGAAAUAUAUUAAAAUUGAAAUUAUUUUAUUAUUAUGUACAGAGCCAUAUAACCAACUAGACGCAGGCCAAUUCGUUUUUAAGACAAGACGAAUAUUUACUUUCAAAAUAGCUCUUGUUAAUUUUAGGAUUUGUUGUAUUUAAUAAUUAAUACAGAUUUGCAGCGUUACAAGUGAUUCUAAUGAAAUAAUUCUAAAGUCUCAGUUAUAAAUAUUAGUGAGUGGAACAUUCGGUACUGAAAUAUGGAAAACUUCCAAGUAAAGAAGCCAAAAACUGAAGAUCUCGAGGUAACUGGGGUGUCGAGAAGCGGAAGAGUUCGAAAAAAGUCAUCGAAAUUGGUGGACUUUGAGUCUCCGGACGAAAUUGAAAGGUCAUACAACAAGAGAUCGCCUGCGGUGCACAGAAAACCCGAAGCUUUCGAAGGUUCUCCCAAAAAACCAAAAUUCGACGAGAUGUAUCCCAAAGAAGACAAUUUCGACAUGGACGAAAGCGGUUCAGAAUACAACAGCGAAUAUGAACCGAACACAAAUGCUACCGAAUCGAGCAUAGACGAGUCGGUUGAGUCCGACAGCGAUUUUGAGGAAACCGAAGGUUUCAAAAGAUUGGACCCGAACUCGUCUAAGAAAAAACUGGUCAUCAAGGACGGGAAAAUCGUCAAGUCUGACAAAUUAAAAGGGAAAGAUAAAGAUAAUUUCUCGAAUUUCAACAAAUCCCUAUCGUCGAAAAGCAGUAGCAAACACGGUAGUAAAAAACCAGUAGCCAGCAAAACUCCCCCGGGUCCUUUGCAGCCCUUUCAACUGGGUAUGUCGACUUACGAAAACAUCAACGUAUCGCCGCCCAGUCCCAGGGGAAAGGAAUCUCCGUUCAAGGUCAACGGUAUCAAACCAAUCGACGUGGCAGCUCACCUGAAGCUGCUAGGCGAGAGUUUGACGAUCAUCGGCGAAAGGUUGAAAGAACAUGAGGGCCAAAUUGCUGUUUCGGGAAGUUUGUCGGUGCUUUUGGAUUCUUUGUUGUGCGCGCUGGGCCCUUUACUUUGUUUAACGCAGCAAAUACCGGAAUUAAAGGAUAAUUGCUGUACACCAGAGGAGUUGAUUAGCACUUUAGAUAACGUAGCGUUUAUAAUGCCCGGUCUUUAAAAUUCCAGUACCAAAAAUUCGCUUUUAACACGUUAACCACCAUGGAUCCAAGAUGGAUCUUUUUGUAAUAAUAAAUAAUGUUAGAUAAUUGUAAGUUUUUCUAGUAAUAAUUUAUUCAUUUUUUGCUGUAAAUAAACAUUUUUGAAAUU